AUGUCUUCUAGCAGCGAGGAUGAUGAUCCUAAUGUCAAUAUUAUCCCAAUGGAUAACUUUUCCAGCGAUGGAGACAUGAACACCUGGCCAUCUGGAGGUCACUACGUUGAACGCCCCGACAUUCGCUGGCGGGAGUUACUUGCUGAAAACUGGCUCAAAGAGAUGGGCACUUACGAAGAAGAGCAUACAUCAGGUGUCGUUCAUACCAUUGAGAAAUUACCUGACGGAUACUGUCUAUUGGCGCGGCCACGUACCACCAAUCCUAACAUUUUCGACUCUUUCCUAUUUGGCCAUCCAAGCGGAAAGUAUUUUCAAUCACAGAAAUCUUUCUUCCCUCAUUUCUUGUCUCUGGUCAAGAACGAGCUGGACAAGUGUGGAUGCAAGCUCUGUGGUAGAGUAAAGUCGAACCAGGGGGCUGUAUCACAGGGGACUGUGGUGCAACGGGUUAAACCUGGUAUGAAUCCAAUGACCGAUAACGAGCGUCGACCCACUGAUGCGGAGGGGCCAGAUUACUGGCGGAUCUUGGUUAUGAAAUUGAAAGAUAAGGGGAGCCUUGAUGAAGAUAUUGAGCAACGCUUCAAUCUUGACUGGGUCUUGACACACGAAUGGCUUUCAGACUACUUUGUGAAACUCGCUUUGGAUCCUGCUUACGUCCCUCGUCGUGGUGAGCUUGUUCUCUGGAUCUGGCAGGGCCUAGAAGACGGAUGUUUGAUGCGAAACCCCAAAACUGGCCUUGUUGAGAUCUUCGGUAAUGAUAACGAGUGGCAUGGCGUGCCUGAUUGGCGCGCCGGUGUGGUGACCCAAACCCCGGAAGACGAAGUUAAUAUGGUGGACAUUAUCGAAACUCCAGACAGCCCACGCGGGCUGAGUUACUCGGGAUUCCGUGUGGAAACCCUCCCAGAUCCCCUGGGGAACGACAAGUCAUACUCCGCCCAAUACGCCUAUGUUCCAUUGCGGAACAUCAAACCUUUUAACACAUGGCAACUCUACCUCAAUGGCCAAGGGCGAGAUGGUGUCCAUCCAUCUAUUGAGAACGCCAUGACUGUUAUGUCUUCCUGGAGCAUGGUUCACAAGUUCCAUGCCAUUGGCAAAUGGCCUAGCGCCAGAAUCAACUGCAAAGGAAUUUUCAUUGGAGCCGAGCUUCUUGCUGUACACGAUACCGUCCGUCUAAGACCACAUGGAUUCCAUCCCGACCAGCUCAAAAACGGAACAGUCGGCGAAGUGACAGACGUGAUGGUUAUUGAAAAAAUCGCGCUCUGCCUUUCAGACUGUAUUGACGACGACGAGGAGCAGCUAGCAAAACACUUCACAGCCCUGGUCUCUGGUAAGGUUUACACCACCGAUCCCAAGCGCAUUACCCAAGAAGGCCCAUUCAAAGGAACAAGCCCCGUACCAUCCACCACCGAGACUGCAACCGAUCCUACCCCACUGUCCACGGAAGAAGCAACCACUACCUUCCGCCAGGUCGGCAUGAACGACUACGGUCCCUGGUACCGUAUGGCCAAUGGCAAAACCUGCAACGUCUCCCCGCACUGGAUCGUUGGUCGCUGCUACGAACCUCUCGCGGCAGAGCUUAUGUUCGGCACCCACACCCUGGGCUACGACGUAUCCGGCGUCAUGGAAGGUCGUCAGUACUCGUCACAAGUCGAUACACGCAUGCCCGGGAACAACACGUGGUUCUGGGGCGACUGUCGGGUGGAAACGCUGGGACUCACAGAGAUCAAUGGUGUGGAAUGUGGUCUUACUGCAGCGCAGCGCGAAGACCCGCGCAAAUGGCAAGCGAUUAUUAAAAUGUCCCACGGUGAAGUCAGUCAUGCUCUCCGGUGCCAAGCUCAGAUUCCUUCUUCUAGCGGUCGGCCCUUUAGGACUUCGUCUUCGUCUUCGUCUGCUCCAAGGGGUCGACCGAAGACUGGUCUUGCGCAACAUGCGCAGACGAGCAAGCUGGUCAGCUCUGCCAUUGGCAGUGUGCCGGAUACUGAGGAUGACUCUGUUGAGGAGCAUCUCGAGGAUGGCAGUGGAUUGAUUGGUGAUCAAGUGUCUCGUGGCAUCUCCGGGCUGGAGCUUCAGGGUGGUCAGUCUUCUGGGGAUAAUGAUCAUCCUUUUGCGUAG